AUGAGGCGCCAUAUACUCCAAGUAGUUCUACCACUACUCAUAACCCAAGCAGCCUGCCAAACAUUCGAUCCAACUCAGUUACCGCCAGUUGGAACUUUCUACGCACCUCCUUGUCCAGGAGGGCGCUGCUUACCAGGUCCAUACCCCACUAUGGAUAAAGUACCAGAUGGCGUACCUUUAUGGACAAAUUCAGUGAAUCUGACUGCUGUGCCAACAUGGCCUCCACGACCAAGCUCGAUGGAAUUUGGUAUACUAUGCAAUCCUGGAGAUUCGAUGAACGCUUCGCUAGGUGCUUCAGGAAUGUGUGACUACACUUGUGGAAACAAGUGCUGGAGAGACGAAGUCACCAUGUGUCCUGGACAAGGUCAAUGGGGAGUUACAUAUGAUGAUGGUCCAUCAGAUUACACUCCUGCAUUAUUGGAUCAUCUGUUGGCUAUUAACACGAAAGUAACAUUCUUUGUAAUUGGAAGUCGGAUAAUGGAGCGGCCUGACGUAUUACAUCGUGCAUAUGCAGAGGGACAUCAAAUUUGUUUGCAUACUUGGAGCCAUGCUUCUAACACUGCCUUGACAAACGAACAAAUUAUUGCUGAAACGUAUUGGACUGCUCGAGCUGUCUAUCAGGUUAUUGGAGUAGUUCCCACUUGCAUGAGAUGGCCAUAUGGAGACUCAGAUGACCGUACACGAUUCGUACUACGAGCUCUUGGUCUGAAAGUUGUAACUUGGAACCACGAUACAGUUGACUGGUCAAUCACAGAUCCCGCAGUUGAAGCACAAACUGUUACGGGCAACUUUACGAAUUGGAUUAAUGCCGCUGGUCCAGCAGGAGGCAAUUCUAAAACAGGCUUCAUUUCAUUGGAGCACGAUCUAUUCAACGCCUCAGCAUCAGCCGCACCACUAGCCCUCACUCUCCUCCAGAAAGCCAACUAUACAAUCAAACGAGUCGGUGAUUGUAACAAUUGGCCAUCACUGUAUAUCGACACUAGCAAACCUAUAAAUACCGGACUCAAUCCUGCAUUGAUUGGAGCUCCUGUUGCCAAUGCUACAUCGUCGACUGCUAAACCAACAGGGACUGCGACCGGUACUGCUGUGAUUCGGCCUUCGGCUAUAGCUAAUGUGACUGGGGCGUCAAGUAAUGGAAGUGGAUGUAGCAAAAUCGGUGUUGAGCUGGUUGGGCUUGUGGUGUUGUCGGUCACGGUGUUGAUCAACGCGUUAAUUUAA